AUGUCUCCCUCACCGCCGCAGUCUUUUACCCUCAGUGCUGCGCUCAAAGCUUGCGCCGGCUCCGCAAGCUCGAAUGACAUAAACGACAAGCCGCUACGAGUCCUCAGUCGCAAUCCCGGCGGGGUGUUUGAAGUGGUGCCAUUCCGUGGUCAGCCCUAUGUGGCGAUCAGCUACUGCUGGCCAGGGAGCCCUACCUUCCGUCGGCUCAGCACGAGCAACGAACCGACUCCUGUACUCACACCAAGCGGCCUGGUCUCUUCCCAGCACUUCUCGCUUUUCAUCUCCCAUUCAGCCCACUCCUACGAUCCCUCGCUCGCCGUUUGGGUGGACUUUCAUUGUAUCAACCAAAACGACCUCAACGAGAAGACUGCGCAAGUCGCGAUCAUGCAACGCAUCUAUACCGGAGCCAAACUAACAUUGGUCAUGCUGGAAGACGUCGCGCUCCGCCCAGAGGACCGUCUCCUUUUCGCUGCCCCUCGAGCUACGAAGGAGUCCUUAGCCCUAGCAUGCCAUGUCCUAUCUGCCCGGUGGUUCUCGCGCGCCUGGUGUUCCCAGGAGCUGGUUCUCAGCCGUCACGCCCACCUCUAUGUGCACGACCUCAGUCAAGAAGGCCACUUCGUCAGCAUUCCGUCUGAUACUCUUUGGCACAUCAUCGACAGUGCACGGAAUCGCGAAGCUGCUAUUCCCGUCUUCCCCCAGCCACGUGGUUCCCUCCCGGAUACCGCCAUGGCCAAGAGCACCUGUGCGUGGGCGUUGGGAAUCGUCCAUCGCCUCGGAUGUAGUGACGACUACGACAAAGCCUCCCUGCUAUGCAAUCUCGUUCGCUUCAUCUAUCGGUUCGCUUCCCGUCCCACCGCCUUCAAUGUCGAUUCUCCCAUAAUCCGCCUCAACGUGCUGAAGAUGGCGAAUAUCAUUGCAUUCAAGCGCCGCGACUUCUCUCUAUUGCUGGUCAAUCACGGGCUCCACAAUCCACUUCGCGGACAUGUCGGCUUUGGAUGGGCAGGGGAGCCGAUCGAAGGUGAUAGAGCGUCCGCAACAUAUGCUCUGAAGGACUUUCAGGCCGAAAAGGAUCCGGGCAUCAUGCUGGACGACUCCGGGCUCAUUGCGCGUGGCUGUCUCGCUCGCGUUGUGCAAGAGCACACUUGGGAGCUCCAUCGAGACCCAACAGGUCGUUACACUCGGGUCGUGUCCAACGGCUCUCACGUGCACCCUUCAUGGACCUGGAGACGAGACGCCUUACAUCUGCGAGAUCUUCUCGUCGCGCUUGCAUCCGUUGGCGGCCACGGAUGGGACGAUGCUUCGCACCACGCUCGCAUCGUCUUCGCAUACCUGCUGUCCAUCGACUACGAUCUGCAACCCGAACCCAUCACCGGCGACCUGGGCGCCCGGACGCGUUCUCUCCUCUGCGAUCUCUUCUCUCUGAAAGACAUUGCAGCCGCGAUGAGCUUCGUUUGGCGCGCGCCGGGCCUGGCGGCGUUCAGCACCAUUCGCCUCACUGACGGUAGCGUCCUGCUCGUUAGCGGGAACGUCUCAGGUUCCCUAGUAGGCCGCCUCCUCUUCCAGCCCUAUGUCAUCCGGCCCACGCUCUUCUCCCCACCAGGCGUCCUGACCGCCAACUCCCUGGUGCUCGAGAACAGACGCUCGCCGCAGGGAGUGCACCGGUGCAUAGGCUGUGUCCGGGGUCUAGGCAUGAUCUCGGAGGCAGAUGGACAUGGGGGACAGAUCCUGUGCAUCGCCUAA